CUUACGCGACACUGAGCUCUUCCAGAACAAGAUUCUAGCCGAGGUUCGCGCCCGCGCCUCCCCAGGCAAUGACAAGCACCAGUCAGAGCUUCUACGGAACCCUGAUCAUAUUGCCUCCCUUGUUGCGGCCAGAAUCACAACGCCUACAUGAUGGCAUCUGCCUGGAGUCUCAUAGGGGACAUCCUCCGUGACCUUGCCGAUGCUGGGGUUGAAGACAAAUCGGUGAAGACGAAACUUCAGAAGGAUCCCGAGUUACGCACUCGCUAUCUUGUCUUGUAUGACAUCGUGAAUAUCGUUGCGCAGGCGGGACAGGACAAAUUGCGUGCUUGCUACCACGGCCCCCAUUACUCGCAAUACUUCAAGAAGGCAGAGGGCGGACUCUCAGAUGAAUCUGAGGCGUUCAUCUUCGACUGGAGUUACCUCAAAUCGGUCCACAAGUCUUUCAUUGACUCGAUCAUCGUCGAGCUCUGUCUUCCGCAAUCACCGAUUCCACGCCAAAUUCUACUGCAGAUCCUACAUGAAGCCAUCAUUGAAUCGCCGAGGGAGGCCAAGAAAUUCCCUCAAGCAGUUUGGGACGCCAUGGGAGAUCUCUCGGUGCUUGUGAAACUCCAAGCGCUCAUUGAAAGCCCUCUGCUUGGGCCCGAAGGCGAGCAAUGGAAGAAGGAGCCCCGCCAAAUGCCCGAAGAGUACGAGCACUGGGUCGACGCGCAGAUCUUCUCGGAACAAGCUUCCCAAUACUACGCCAACUUCAGAGACGUUAUCUAUCCGCUUACCAAGACGCGCCAGAAGGCCAAUCUGGACAAGCUUUGGAGCGUUGUGAACGAGAACUAUAUCGCGGUAUGCGGGAAGAACACGGAGUCCCUAUGGCGAAUCGACGAAAUUGGGCAGUUCACCCCUCAGUGGCACGCCGUGAAGGCGCCCAAGGGCAAGAAUGCGUACGAUUCGGACGACGACAUGCCGAAACACAAUCUCGUCAAGAGGCAGGGGGGCAAGAAGAAGAAGGCUGCGCCCCUCGCCAUUACUAUGGGUGACGACAGCGACAGCGAUGGCUCCAUGCCGUCGCUCCAGACGGUCUCAGACUCGUCUGAGGACGAAGGGAGCGACUCGGACUACAGCGACUACGACGACGAUGACUACGAUGACGAGUCAGACGACAGCGCGUAUGACACCGACGAGGAGGACAUGAUGCGAGAUAUGUUGCGGGAGGCCAUGGACACGGCGAUGGCGACCCCAGACUUCUUUGACAGCAAGAAUGCGGCCCCCGAGUUCGACGCCCUUGCGGAGGAAAGGAAGAGCAACCCAUUCAUCAAGCUCCUGGGCUCCUUGAGAGGCCGUAUGUUCUCGUCGAGCCCGACUAUGAAGACGGCUACUCGUACCCAGCCUAGGCAACCUUUCACAGGGCGACCAGCUGGUGCUCCGAGACAACCUCCCAAGAUGACGGUGCCCAAGCCGACCUCGACGCCGAGUAACGCGCCCAAGAGCACUAAGACGACUAUGGAGGAAGUUGAAGACGAGGAGGACAUCGCGGCCACGGAUAAGAAGAAAAAGAAGAAAAAGCCCAAGAAGAAAAAGAAGAAGCCCGUUGCUGAGGAAGGGGCUGCGCCUGGGACACCGGACAUCGAGAAGCUCUCUCUGGCGACCGAGACACCAGCUGCCCCAGCCGCUCCAGCUAGCCCGACACCGUCCUCCAACGCUAACGGCACUCCUGCAUCUCCGACUUCUCCCUCGAAGGCUAAGAAGAAACCUGCUACCCAGAAGCCUGCGCCUGUGAAGGCUCCGUCGUUCAGCAGCUCUACGACGACGCUGCCCGGAGUAUCGACUACCUCGAUUCCUUUGGGUAGGAGUGAGACGGCGCAGUCUGCGCACAAGUAUUUGAAGGCAGAGGGUCUCAGCGGCGGUAAAGAGAAGAUCAAACACGUGCCGACCACGGGAACCUCGCACCUAUUCCGGAGAAGAAGAAAGGCUAUUGGAGCCGAUUUGGCAGAAAGGACAAAGGACAAGAGGCGGAGACGGAUAAGAAAGGCAACAAGUUCAGUUUCUUCUCCAAACUCUCCAAGAAGACGGCGACAUACAUGCAUCAGUUACUCAACACGUCGGAGGAUGAGAAGAAGGGUCUCGCGCCCAUGAAGUGGGAGCACUUCCUGAAGGUCAUGCGAGAGAUGGGGUUCACAUAUGACCCCAGUACAGCAGGCUCAAGUGUCA